UGAAUAGUGUUUUACAUUAUGAGACAAACAAACAAACGCGAGAAGCUAAGCAGAGUGAGAAGCAGUUAUCAUGGCUAUGUCUAAGCAAGAGCGGCCAUCAAUGGAUGAUAUGCAGCGACAGUUGAGGAAAUUCAAAGAAGAUCCAAGUCAAGAAGUACCAGUAGAUGUAUUUCAUGGGCUGAUAUUACAUGAGAAAGGUUCUCAAGACAUUGUAGAGGGAGACGGUGGUUGCUUCUCAAGAGCAAAAGGCACCAUCCAUCAGUUGAGUGAUGGAAGCACAAUGAGAGAGACAAAAAAGAAUAUUGUUAUAAAAUCCAUACCAAACGGAGACAAUCCUGGAAGGAUAGAAGUCCAAAGUGACAAAGGAAGCAAACCAAUAGAAUUCUACUCUGGUGAGAAAAUCGUAGAAGCAACAGAUCAUGAAGUUAUUGUUGCAGUGCCAUAUGGCCUUGACGAUGAUAGCGAGUUUCAUCUAAGGCCAAAAAACACUGAAAGCGAUCAGUAUUUGAUGGUAAAUGAGAGUCAGCGCUGUAUGUGUCUUAAAGUAAAAGAUGGUGGAAAUGAGCUAGUCUCUCUCACUGUGGAUGAAGCAGAGAGAGAAAAGUCUUGCAUACAUCGCUACAUCACAGUGUACCAGGAUGAUUCCUUUUCAAGUCCCAACAACAUUGCUCUUUUCUUUGCUUACAAGAAGGCAAAUCAAAAAAUGUACAACUGCUAUCUUGUUCCGAAUGAUGACUCAAGCAAGAUCGAUUUGCUUGAAAUUGAUGUGGACGGUAAGAACUAUGAUGAAUUGAGAGUCUUGGAUGAAAAAUACCUCAAGUUCAGCACCAGUCCAAAAAGUCUUGAAAGUACUAGUGAUGAAGAAAGAGUUCCCAAUUCAGAGCCUGAUAAAAAUAUUGCUACUGGUAAUAAUGGAGCCAGCCUUACCAGUUCACUUAGUGAUCACAGUGUUCAGUGCAGCUCAGGAGACAAGAAAUGAAAGAUAGUUUUCACUUUUCAAACAUUUAUAUCUUCUGCUUUUUAUCUUAUUAGUUAUUAUACAUUAACAUUUCUAUUAGCUCUUUUUGAUUUAAUAAUAGCACUGUACUGUAUUAUCCUUAA